AGACGGGCACAUCCUUCAUCUAGUUGAGAAAGACUUGACAACACCAGCAUCUACGAGCGGCCAACAACAUGAAGAACCUACUGUGGUUCCCAAUCAAAUCAUUCUAGUAAAACGUCCAUUGGUAUUGAGGUUGCAUGUUACGUCAUCGUAGACCUGCGUCAUGGAACUGAGGGUCCGGUUAAUACAAUUGAGGGUUCGCAUGAUGGCUCUGAGCGCCAUGGCUUUGAGAGACAUGCGUAGGUUGGAAGCGAUGCGGCGUCAGAUCGCCCUUGUCCCACUUAGACGCAUUGAGCAGACGGCCACCACUGUUGUGGCCUUACCUACUGAGCAGACCGCCAUUCCGGUAAGGCCACAACAGUGGUGGCGGUCUGCUCAGUAGGUCUAACAUGCCCCCUUUGUAGAUUUCAGCUUCCAGCAAGUUCAAAACUGAAAAGAAGAAGGAUUUGAUAGGAAAUUGAAGAGAGGUAAUGGAACCUUCAUGUUGUUGACCGCUCGUAGAUGCUGGUGCUGUCGGGUCUCUCUCAACUAGAUGAAGGGUGUGCCCGUCUUCCACCUCUAUCGGCAAAUUUGUUAGGGAGAACAAAUUUUUCCUAAUUAA